CAAUUACAUAUAUUCAUGGAAGUGAAAAUGUUCUAAAUACCGGACGAAUGAUGGAUCACAAAAAUGGUGACGGUUCGCAGUCGCCGAGUAACAAUACGGUGUCGGAUUACGAUCUGACAUUGCCAGCAUGGAGUUUAGAGUGCCUAAAGGCUGCGGCCGUUCAACAUAAGCUCCAGCGGCCAAGGAGCCUGGCGUGGGCCAUACUGCUGAAUGCCUUGCCACCACCAAAUGCUGAUAUUGCUGGCAGCCUGAAAACUCAUAGGAACUUUUACAAUGACAUAAAGUCCAAGCUAUCGAUGGACCCUCGGAACGUCAUAGGGGACGACCCUCUGUCGCAGAAUGAUGAGAGCGCAUGGAACCAGCAUUUCUGUGACAACGAACUGAAGGCGUUAAUACUGCAAGACGUGGUCAGGACCUUUCCUGACGAGCUCUACUUCAGGGAUAAAGAUGUUCAGGACAUGAUGGUGCAAGUAUUAUUCUUCUGGGCGCGCUCUCACGCCUACGUGGGCUACCGGCAGGGCAUGCACGAGGUGCUGGCGCCGCUGUUGCUGGAACUGCACAGGGACAGGACACACGCACCGAGAGACCUUACCAAUACAUUAAGAUACAUCCUGGAAGAAGAAUAUUUGGAGCAUGACAGCUACAUGAUGUUCAGCGCGGUGAUGAAAGGUCUGGAGAAGUUCUACACGACGGGCGACGUGGUGCCUUCGUCCUGCGGUCGUCUGCCUGUCUCUAAAGUCAUCCACAACCCGAACGAAGUAGUAAGAUAUCUGGACAAGGUGCGAGAAGAAUGUUUAACGCCGCUGGACAACGAAUUAGCCACGCAUUUAGCCCAAUGUAAUAUUUCCAUGGAGCUGUUUGGAAUUCGCUGGCUAAGGCUGCUGUUCGGGCGCGAGUUCCCGCGCGCGGAGCUGCCGCAGCUGUGGGGCUUCCUUUUCGCGGACGGGCCCAUGCUGCCCAACAUACACUAUGUCGUCGUCGCCAUUCUGAUAGCCAUGAAGGCCACGCUAAUGGACGCGGAUUCAGGCGUGGUCCUAUCCGCCUUGAUGCGGCCGCCGCGAUUAUCAACGUCAUACGCCUGCGCGCUCGCUCUGCACUUGCGGAGUCCGUUACAGCACCCGCGCCCACCGCCGCCGCCCGUUCAGGAUAAUGACCAAGAUAUGUCCACAUACUCCAGCGAAUGGGCGCUCGAGCAGCGGGGCUUCGCCACGGGCUCGGACUCGGGCUCGUCGGGCGUGGAGGAGGGCGCCGACAUCGCGCGCUCGCUCGCCGCGCUCGGGCUGCUGCGCGCGCAGCUCCCGCCCGCCGCCGCCGCGCUGGCGCACGAGCUGCGCGACCCCCCGCCCCGCGUCGCCGCGCCGCUGCAGAGGAUACUCAAGCUGGCGGCCCUCCUGGAAUGCCGCAACCACGCCCUCGUCGACGUAGAAACGGCCCUCGAGGCGGCCGAGGCGGGCGCCGAACAAAUCGGACGUCGGAAAAUAGUUCCCGUCGUAGUCAACCACAAACCGCAGCCGAAACCCGCGGCUAAGGUCAAAGAGGUGCCGUUAAAACUGUUCCAUAAGACGGAGUGUUUCAAUAGUGACCUGCCGUGCUUAGAUCCGUUGAGACUUAGGACUGAAUGAUUAAGGGAGUUGUAGGGACAAGUGA